AUGUCAAAAUCAGGUUCUAGCUCAAAUUCAGAGUCUGAAACUGAAGUUUUUGGAGAUAUUUAUGAGGAUUAUGUGGGACAAGGAGAACUAGAAGUGGAAAACGAUUUCCAACACGGCAGAUCUGAGGCAGACACAAACAAUAUUAGUAACUUUACCAAUGUUUACAUGGAAGAACCACUCGCAGAUGAGAUCUGGUUAAAUGAAUAUUUAAAAAACAAAGCAGAAGAAGAAAGGUAAAUGGCAGAGUAUCAGAAACGGCUCGAGGGACUUACACCGAUUAAUUCAUGGUAAGAAUUUUAAUAAUUCUAGAUUCUGUUCCGAAAUAUCACAUACUCAAACCAACCUGACCAUGUUGCUCAGUUGGCAGAGCAUAUUGCCAUUGGGUUAGUAUUCCAAAGGUCGUAGGUUCGAUUUCCAGUGACCAUGGUCAGGCAUAUUUUUCAUGCUCGCCCGGUGUGGGUACACACUCGGAGUAUUAAACAUCACAAGCAUCAUAUUCACAUGAGUACAUUUUUUAAUACACCAACACAGAAAAAAAUCAAUUUUAAUAAAUGUUAUAUUUUAAAAUAUUUUUUCAAUAUGAAAUCUAAGCUAAAAACGUGCCAGCUGCCGGCAAAAUAGUCACCUUUUGUAUCUUUUAUAAUACAGUAUAGUAUAAAGAAUUACCAGCUUAGCUUAUAAAAGUAUUAUUUGACAAAAUAUUGCUUUAUAGCUCACUUGCAUAGAACAAUUGAGAUUUAUUUAAUACGUAUAUAUAUUUUUUAGGUGUAAAUGUGGGAACUGUAACACAAGUUUUUUAAAAAAUGCAAAGGAAUGUAAGUGUUGCAAGGAAGUUAAAGGAUGCUUGGCUGCUUUACAGAAAGAAAAUGUUAUACAAGAUGUUGGUGAAGAAUCAAUUUGCAUUACAGGUCACCCAGGUUUUGCUGCAGUUUGCUUAAAUGCUUGGAGUCUACAUUUGUCAGGUGGUUUGUUCAAAACACGCCAAGAAAGGAAGUAUCAGAAAACUGGUGCUGAAGAAAGGUAUUAUAAGAUCAAAGUUAAUAGAAAACAUGACUGAAUUGGAACUCAUUAUCUUUGUAAGGAUAGGUAACUUAUGAAAGAAUUUGGUCUUUGCUCAUCAAGUGUACAGUAUUGUGCUGUAUUUUUGUCAUAUCCACUAAUAAUGAUCUUUCAUAAACUAACCAAUCUUUCAUGUUACACAUGAAUAACCAGGCCAAAACAUUGCUUCUAGUGAGUUGGGUAAAAUCACAAUACACAUGUGAUACGAAACAUUCUCAGGGAAAGGACCAAAUUUUUGGAUAGACCAAGACAAAAACAUACAUGAGUUGUAUUGUUCUUAGAUUGAGUCUCUAAACCAUACUUUUUAUUAUAAGAUUGAAUGCAAAUUCAUUGCUAACUGAAAUGCAUAUGGCUUUUGGGACAUAGCCAAAGUAAUAUAAAUGUGAUUUACCCAUACACUUGCUACCCUGAGCUAGAAAAAUGUAUAAUCUACCCAAUCCUGGUGGAACUGGUCUCCUAUAAUACCAAAUCCUCUACUGCUGGUAAUUAUCAGAUAAAAUCUUCUCGUACAAAUCAACAGCAUAAUGCUUUCUCUAGAGUUGGUGCUAAGGUAUGGAAUUCUGUCCCUGAAUAUCUCCGCAAUCUUAAAAAAAAGGAUUUCACUAGUAAGAUUCAUACUUUACUAAUCGAAAUUAUGAAUAAUGAAGAUGACUAUGUUGAUCUCCCUAUGAUUUGCAGAGAAUGUCUGUUUGAUCUUAUUUUUAAUAUUUCAUGGGUACAUUAUUAA